CAAACUUUGGAGUUUGGACUUUGGAGUUUGGACGUUCGACUCAAGUAUUCUUGGGAAAACAGGGUGACUUUUUUUCUGCGAUUUUUUUUAAUAUUCAACGAUUUGUAAAUGGACAAGUUUGACCAGUCAAAUCGGACACUAUUGGAAAAGCGUGUCGACUCAGGAAUAUCAGAGGAGGAUGCAAAAAACGUUUUGUUCAAGGUAAUAGAAUUGGACAGCUCUGGGAUAGUUGAUAUGAGUGAUGAUGACCAGUGGGAAGACCUGUCUGAUGACUUUAAAAUGACUUUUGUUGUCAACACCUCUUUAGAUAUGAGCAAUGGAAAGAUUGCUUCCCAGGUAGCACAAGCCGCCUUAGGACUUUACCAACAGAUAUCCUCUUGCAAGUUGGGAAUUAUCCAAGUCGAAAUGUGGCAACAAAAGGGAGAGAAGAAAUUUGUUUUGCAAGUCGGUGGAACAGAAAACCUGCUAGAAUUAGAGAAGAAAGCAGUGAAUGCUAACGUAUCAAAUCUUUUGGUGAGAGACGGCGAUUCUGUUUCAGUCUUGGCAUUAUUUGGUUCAGUAGGAGAAGUGGAUAGUGUGGCUGGUGAUUUAAAAUCAUUGUGAAUAAUGAUUGUAUUGUUCUUACACUGGUUUUGUAUGAAAUGUAAUAUUAUUUUGUGAAAUUACAUUUCUGCAUAGAUAAACAAAGUAUAUUUCGUAUUUCUUUUUGA